CUAGACCAGGCAGAUGCUCUGUGCAGGCAUAAUAGAGCAGUCACGGAUACCAGAACCUCCUGCAAAAGGGCCAACAGCCACCAAACUGCACAGCAGGAGAAGACUUGCACAGAUUCACCAUUGAAGAUCUUCAACUUGAGGAUACUGCAGUCAAGCUGGUUUUCUGAAAGACCGACGAGACCUGGACAGUUUGUUGGACUUUGUUGUCUGAAGCCGUUGGGUGAGUCAGCUCAGGCGGAACCAUCAUGCGGAGCAGGAACCCCAGUGUGGCCCCCUGCCUCCUCACAGCCCUGAUUCUGGUUCUGGGGCCCUUGGGGGGGACCCAGGCCUGCCAGGAGAGCCGGGGGGAGCGGGGCCUGGUGCUGGACUGGUUGAGGCAGCAGAUUCUGGCCAGAAUGGGCCUGGAGGAGGCUCCUGUCCCUGGGGUCGGGCCAGAGGGAGCCACAGGGGAGGGGGAGGGCCCGGUGGCCCAGCGGAUACACAGGCCCAGGGUGGGGCGGGCAGCUUGGUCUGAGGGCUGGCAGGCUCCCCAGGACUCUUCCCAGGUCAUCCUGUUCCCCAGCUCAGACUCCACCUGCACUCCCAGCUCAGCGCCCCCCUCCCCUGGAGCCUCUAGCUUCACCUACUACUUCCAGCCCUCCACCCACUGCCUGGAGUCCAGCCUCACCUCCGCACACUUCUGGUUCUACUCGGGCCCCGGGCCCCAGACGCCCAACACCUCGGUCCCGCUGUACGUCCUCACCGCCGGGCAGCAGCUGCUGCAGGCCGCCCCAGACCCGGAGAGCCUGGAGGAGGACGGCUGGAGCAGGUACCGCCUGGGGCCCCACGUACUCCCCUCCCUGAGCCAGGGGCCCUUCGUGCUCCAGGUCAGGUGCCCUACCUGCACCUGCUCCACCCAGGCCGAGCAGACGCCCUUCCUGCACCUCCACACCCGGCCCCGGGCCCCCGACCGGGCCCGGCGGUCCUCCGUCCCGUGGUCUUUGUCGGCCCUGGACCGGCUGCAGAGGCCCUCGAAGGACGGCGGGGACUACCAUGACUGCCACCACGAGGAGCUCAACAUCUCCUUCCACGAGCUGGGCUGGGAGAACUGGAUCGUGCACCCCAAGGUGUUCACCUUCCACUACUGCCAGGGCAACUGCUCCAGCCAGGACCGCAUCACCACGCUGAUGGGCAUCCGCCAGUGCUGCGCGCCCCUGCCCGGCACCAUGAAGCCCCUGCGUGUGCGCACCACCUCCGACCGCGGCUACUCCGUCAAGUACGAGACCCUGCCCAACAUCAACGCCGAGGACUGCACCUGCAUCUAGGGCCAGACAUGGCUACACGCCUAUACUAAACGUGCGUUUCAUCAACUGUUUAGAAUUAACCAGGCUUUCCUGAUAAUGGAAUUGCAUGCACUGUCUUUUUUUUUUCUUUUUUA